AUGUCUAAGACCCGGAUGCCAGCUAAUAGCUAUCGCCGGGGAGGGAAGCAGGCCUACAGUGGCGUAAAAGUAAAUUCUUCCCGUGGAAAUUACGAACCACUAUCUUCCAACGAAAAGCGCGAAUCUGUGAGACUUGCCGAUAGCAUUGAUGAAGCUCAUGGCUUCACACGUUAUGAAUCAGGGAAAAAAAAAGUUGGAUGGCUAGUAAACAUUAAAUCAACAACAAUAGAAGACGAAAAUUUACCAGAUGGACGCGCUGCCGUUGAUUGUUACUUCAUUGAAGAAGAUGGCGGGACGUUUAAAACGAGUCUAAAAUAUGACCCCUACUUCCUCGUGGCUGUUAAACGUGGUUACGAGAAUGAAGCUGAGGAAUGGUUGAAGCGAUCGCCCGGGGAUGGUGUGCUAAAAAGUUUACGAAAGGUUGAAAAGGAAGAUUUGCAGAUGCCCAACCAUUUAUUAGGCUAUAGACGUACCUUUUUCGAAUUGAGAUUUAAUAACGUCACAGACUUGCUUGCUGCCAGAAAAGAUAUCAUGCCCAUUGCGGCGAGAAACAAAACUUCUAUGGAUGCUAUGGAGAUUUAUGCAGAGGUUGCAAGUACGAACUAUGGCUUCGACCAAUUUGAUAUAGAUCCUAGCGAUGAGCGACAAACGAAAGUUUCAGUGGCCGAUGCGAGCGACUUUAUCAUUGAUAUCAGGGAGUGGGAUGUCCCGUAUCAUGUUCGGGUAAUGAUUGAUAUGGAUGUAAGGACAGGAAAGUGGUAUACUGUUGAGGCUAAACAUGGUGUGAUUAGUAUAAAGUGUCUGGAGGACCGACUGCAGAGAGCAGAUCCCGUAGUUAUGGCCUAUGACAUUGAGACGACUAAACUCCCAUUAAAAUUCCCGGAUGCGAAAAUUGAUCAAGUCAUGAUGAUAUCAUAUAUGAUUGAUGGUCAAGGAUUUCUAAUAACAAACCGAGAAAUUGUGGCGGAGAAUAUUGAUGAUUUUGAAUAUACACCAAAGCCCGAAUACGAUGGACCAUUUAUGAUCUUUAAUGAGCCAAACGAAAAAGCCUUACUUGAACGAUUUUUUUUGCACAUAAAGCAAGCUCGACCCACAGUAAUUGCGACAUAUAACGGCGACUUUUUCGAUUGGCCUUUUGUGGACGCGCGAGCUAGUGUUAAUGGGAUUGAUAUGUAUCAAGAGAUUGGGUGGCGCAAAGGCACAGACGAUCAGUACUGUUGUGACUAUAGUGCUCACAUGGACUGUUUUCAUUGGGUAAAUCGAGAUAGUUAUCUCCCCCAGGGGAGUCGAGGCCUAAAAGCAGUUACAACCGCUAAACUGGGAUAUGAUCCAGACGAACUAGAUCCAGAACUUAUGUUACGAUAUGCUAGCGAGCGGCCACAAGUCUUGGCUGAGUAUUCUGUUUCAGAUGCCGUGGCUACCUACUAUCUUUAUAUGAAAUAUGUUCACCCAUUUAUUUUCUCAUUGUGUACUAUUAUUCCCCUCGGGCCGGACGCAGUGUUAAGAAAAGGAACAGGAACACUGUGCGAAAUGUUACUAAUGGUGCAGGCUUACAAAAAAGGUAUUGUUCUACCAAAUAAGCAUGUAUCUGCAAAAGAAACGUUCUGGGAAGGACACCUUUUAGAAUCAGAAACCUACGUUGGAGGCCAUGUUGAAAGUAUCGAAGCAGGUGUGUUUCGCGCGGAUAUUCCAGUAGACUUUGCCAUUGAUACAACCGCAAUUGAUGAGCUUCUCGGUGAUCUAGAUGCGGCCUUAAGGUUCAGCAUAGAAGUCGAGGAAAAAAAGAGCUUAGAAGAUGUUAUAGAUUAUGAUGAGGUCAAGCAAAAGAUAAGUGACAAACUCCACCGCUUGAAAAAAACCGCAAGUCAAAGUGAGCGUCCAUUAAUAUAUCAUUUGGACGUUGCAUCAAUGUACCCCAAUAUUAUGACAACAAAUCGGUUGCAACCAGAUUCUAUGAUAGAUGAAUCCGAUUGUGCAGCCUGCGACUUUAAUCGACCGGGAAAAACUUGUGACAGGAGAAUGCCGUGGUCUUGGAGAGGGGAAUAUUUACCUGCUAAACGUGACGAAUACAAUAUGAUUAAGAACUCCCUAGAAAAUGAACGCUUUCCUGGAAAAUGGCCAAAUAGCCCUUCACGAACCUUCCAGGAUCUAACUUUUACUGAGCGCACAGAUUUAAUCCGUGCGAGACUGAAAACUUAUAGCCAGAAAAUUUAUCAUAAGAUACGCGAGACAAAAACAAUAGAGCGGGAAGCAAUCAUUUGCCAGCGUGAGAACCCGUUCUAUAUUGAUACCGUUAGGGACUUUAGAGAUCGAAGAUAUGACUACAAGGGCAAGCAGAAAGAUUGGAAAGGAAAGUCUGAAGCGCUUAAAGCUUCAGAUGCGCCUUCAUCUGAAAUCGAAAAUGCGAAGAAGAUGGUUGUACUAUUUGAUUCUUUGCAGCUGGCACAUAAAGUCAUACUAAAUUCUUUUUAUGGCUAUGUUAUGCGGAAAGGAUCGCGUUGGUAUUCUAUGGAGAUGGCCGGGGUUACUUGUUUAACUGGUGCUCAUAUCAUCCAAAUGGCUAGGCAACUGGUAGAAAGAAUUGGAAGGCCAUUAGAACUCGACACGGAUGGAAUAUGGUGUAUGCUUCCCGCAACGUUUCCAGAGACGUUUAAAUUCAAACUUAAGAAUAACAGAAGUCUUACCAUCUCGUAUCCCUGUGUAAUGUUAAAUCAUCUUGUGUAUGGAAAAUUUACAAAUAAUCAGUAUCAAACUCUGAUAAAUCCUCAGACAUUUGAGUACGAGACUCAUAGCGAGAAUUCUAUAUUUUUUGAGGUUGACGGUCCAUAUCGAGCUAUGAUAUUACCGACCUCCAAGGAAGAGGAUAAGAAUUUAAAGAAGCGAUAUGCCGUGUUUAAUGAAGAUGGAAGUCUAGCAGAAUUGAAGGGAUUUGAAAUCAAGCGAAGAGGUGAACUAAAACUCAUCAAAAUAUUUCAAAAACAAAUAUUCAAGUUCUUUUUAGAAGGGGAAACACUUACUGAAACAUAUGAAGCUGUUGCAAAAGUUGCAAAUCAAUGGCUUGAUGUUUUACAUUCAAAGGGAGAGACACUUGCUGACGAAGAGCUGAUUGAUCUCAUUUGCGAAAAUAGAAGUAUGUCCAAGCCUUUGGAAGAGUAUGGAACUCAGAAAUCGACAUCUAUUACAACAGCAAAGCGGUUGGCCGACUUUCUAGGCGAGCAGAUGGUCAAGGAUAAGGGUCUUAAUUGCAAGUACAUAAUUUGUUCGAAGCCUAGAAAUGCGCCUGUGACUGAGCGAGCGAUUCCUGUAGCAAUAUUUUCAGCUGAAGCUACAGUGAAAAGAACCUAUCUCAGGAAAUGGUUUUCAGAAAACCCUUCGAGCCUGGAUCCCAAAGCUUUAAUCGACUGGGAUUAUUAUAUUGAGCGUCUUGGAUCUGUGAUUCAAAAAUUGAUUACAAUUCCAGCAGCACUACAGAAAGUGCGGAACCCAGUACCUCGAAUCUCACAUCCAGAUUGGUUACAGCGAAGAAUUAAUGUUAAAGAUGACAAGCUUAAACAGAAGAAAGUUACUGAUACAUUUAAAUCUGAUUUCGAAAAUAAAAAUCAAAAUGUAAACCAAUCAGGAGAUAUGGAAGAUUUUGGUAAUAAGAUUUUGAAGCCAAAAGCAAUGAGUCAAGUUCUAUCCCAGGUAUCUCAUAAUCCUCUGAAAAGAAAGCUACCCGAACCAGGUGCUGCUGUAUCUAUAAAUCCAUAUGCAGCUCUUCCAAAGAAUAUGCCACACCCAUCAAAAGAUUACUGUGGAUUUCUAGUAUAUCAAAAACAAAAAUGGAAGAUUCAGAAGCAGCAAAAAAUAAGACGGCGACAUCUGUUUGGUGAGACAAGAACCAACGCAAAAAUUGGCAUUGGAGCUACGCUACGGAAUCAAGCUGAGAUCACAUUCCGAAGCACCUGGCAAAUUUUGCAUCUUUGCGAGACCACAUGUCCUGGUGUGGUAUCAGCUUUUGUACUUAUUGAUAUGAAAAUUCAAAAACUCAAGAUUCAUGUCCCUAGGCAACUUUUCUUGAACCUGAUCGAAAAUGAGCUGCCAGAUAUUGAAGUCGAAGGAUGUGAAGCCCAAAAGGUUGCACACACCUUACCAAAUGGCCACUCAUCAGUACAUUUGUUCAAACUAACCAUGCCUGAGGAAGUAUAUGUUAAAGAUGCUCAAAAACUAUCGCUGCUCUUUAAUCAUCCUAGCGUUGAAGGUGUCUACGAGAAGCAUCUACCACUGAAUGUAAGAGCAGUGUUGAAUCUAGGGACAUUAUGCACUAUUGAUGAGAAGAAAUCUGGUGUCCUUGGAAGGGGGCUAGAGUCAGGUUUUGAUCUUUCUGGACUUAAAAGAGCAACUACUCAAGAGUCGUACCUUGAAAACUCACCCAUCUGCUACUUGUAUCUUUAUCAUAUAGUCGCUGCGAACAGGCAGAUAUUUGCACUCAUCUCUACCGUCAAGGAGCAAGCCCAUAUCGUAAUUCAACAAGGCAACAAAGACUCAGCGCAAGCGAUGCCAAAUAUGGGAAAGAUAUAUGAUGAUCUUCGAGUUAGGAGAGAACAAGAAGCUAAUGAUCAGCCGCUGCAAACGUGCUUUGAAUACCAAAAAAAAAUUGAGUUUAAAACAAAGCAAGUCACUACGAGGCGAAAAGCACUACUUGAACUUGGUAAUUUGAUUAAGAAGAUAAAAAGUGAUGAGUCAAAACCUCUCAUAUUGGUGAUACAAUCGCCACAAUGCCGCUCGCUCCUCCAUGAUGUACCUGUAUUAAACGAAUUUCCAGUUCUCUCUCUGAGAAACGAGAUCUCUGAUGCUAAUCUACCGCCACUUGCUUGGCAACUGUUUAUCGCCAAGAGACUAAUAAACAACUACUUAAAUCUUGGCUCCUGGAUUCUACACUUUAUUGAGCUAGCAAAGUAUGGUGAUAUUCCUCUUUGUAAUCUGGAAAGAGACGAUCCUAAAUACUUAAUUGAUAUUGCCUACGCAAGGCGCCUACAGAGGAACAAUGUUGUGCUAUGGUGGUCUGCUAGUCCUAGACCUGACCAUGCUGGAUACGAGAAAGAUAAUGUUUUCGGAACUUUAGAACCCAUCAAAAUGCCUUCCACAAACAACCCCGGGACCUAUUCUUCUGUUUGCGUAGAAUUGGACGUGAGAAAUUUGGUCAUCAACACUAUUCUCACUUCAUCACUUAUCAAAGAACUCGAAGGAAGUGAUUCUUCAUGCAUGAAUCCAGCAAAUCCCAUAGACAACGUUCCGAGUGAUGGAACAGGUGUUCUAUAUUCUGAUGAUGCCUUUUCUACGGCCGGUGUCAUUGUCUUACGUGAAAUGGUAAAAGCGUGGUGGGCCGAAGCCUGCAAAGGAAGCAGUAUGGCUGAUUUGAUGGUUCAACAUCUUGUUCGCUGGGUAGAAAAUCCUGGAUCAUUUCUAUACGAUUACUCACUUUACUAUUAUGUACAGCUUAUGUCUCGCAAAGCUUUCCAACAGCUGAUGAACGAUUUUAGAAAGGUUGGCUGCCAUGUUAUAUUUGCUAGCCCCAACCGAUUACUGCUACAGACAACAAAAUCAGAAGUAGGGAAUGCUUACUCCUACAGUCAGUAUAUUUUAAAGUCCAUCAAGGCAAGAUCUUUAUUUCACUUUCUUGACCUUGAGGUUAAAGAAUAUUGGAACUACCUCGUUUGGUACGACGAGUAUAAUUAUGGCGGUAAAGCUUGUUCCGAAGUUUCUCACGAUCCGAUUCAGAAUUUUGAGUGUAUUAUGCGGUGGCAGCUAUCACGCUUCUUGCCUAUUUCAUUACAACCAAUCUUCCAUGAUUGGAUCAUCGAAUUUAUAGAGAUGAUGCAUAAAAUCAAGGUUUCCCAAAGCUUAGUUGAUGGAAAUUUUCAUCUAAAACAAACUGCGUCUCAAGAGGAGGCUGGAGAAAAGCGGAUUAUUCUCGGGAAAGAAUUCGAGAAACCUCUAAAGCGUCAAAUUGUUGGCUUAAUGCGAAGGCAAAAGGAUGAGAUGUUUCAUCCUGAGUUGGCUUCUGAUUACGUCUUCCCUGUACUCCCUGGUUCGCAUCUCAAACUUUCCAACCCUGUGUUGCAAUUGGUAAAAAGCAUAAUGCAAGUCCUCUCCUUGGACAAAAACAUCAAUAUGGAAGUUCGUCUCUUACGUAAGGAACUCCUUUCACUGUUUGAGAUACGUGAGUUUUCUGCUGAGGCUCGAUUUGUGAAUCCCUCGGAGACUUUUAAGUUGUCUCAGCUGAUUUGUGACAACUGCACCAUGUCUCGUGACAUUGACUUUUGCCGCGAUGAAGAUUUAAUUCUUGCAUCUACAGGCGAGCCACGUGCUUGGAGUUGCUCUUUUUGCAAUCAGGAGUACAAUCGUUUAUCUAUAGAGGAGAGUUUGAUUUCAAUGGUUCAGGGAAUGUUUAGCGAGUGGUGCGGUCAAGAUCUCAAGUGUAUCAAGUGUAGCUCCAUUCGUCUCAAUGAUUUUACAGAACAUUGCGCCUGUAGUGGCUCUUGGAGCACCACGCUUAAUCGAGACGAAAUAAUCCGCAAGAUUAAGGUUCUAAGCAAUGUCGCCAAGGCCUAUCACUUGAAAAUGCUCGGGCAAGUUGUUGACGAAAUUUUGCUUGGUAUUUAG